AUGAAGCGUUAUGUGCCCACCCAACCGCCCGGGGGGGUAGCACGCACAAACACAGCUGAAAGCACCGGAGCACAGGGACACUCACACCCCAACACACAGAAGAGUCUGCUAGACACCGACUCGUCAGACGAGUCUGGGGCAGACUCAGCUCUGAGUGAAGACGAGGAUGAGGCGGCGAAGGUGGUGGUGCAGCAGAGUGCUAGCUCAAACUCGUUGAAGGUACGGACCGUGGCCACCAAAGUACAGGCGAUCCCAAUUGUCCUGGAGGGGCUGUCUCUACUCGCCAGCUACAACGAAGACAAUCUCAUACACUUCCAGGGCCAACAGCUUAUGCCUGGCCUAAUAGAGCUGGUGAAAGUAGAAGACACACGUGAAGCCGCGUUACAAUUCUGCGCACGUCUUAUUCAGAGAGAUACCUUUUUAGCUGGUGCCGUACUCAAGUCGUUGCUGGACUUGAGUGUGUGUGGCAAACGGGGCUGCUCGCCUGCAAAGAGGCGGAGACGAAGUGCCAGGCAGUUGCUGGCCGACUGUGAUAUGGCCACGCAUGUAUUGGAGAGCAUUUCUCACCUACUGAUCUCGCGGGCGAGCGUGCGGACCUUAUUUAGAAAAAAUGGCGGAUUUGCGUACAUUAUGACACAACUGUCUGACUUGGCAGGGUAUGUGUGA